CAGGUAACACCCGACUACAAAGCUCUGCAAAACUUCAAACCUGCAGCAACAACACGCCUCUGAGCAUAGAACUCUGAAAUCACUGCUUCUUGCCUUUUUUAAAUCUGCGUAUCAGGAGGAAACACUUCUCUUUAAGGCGUUUCCCAGGACAGUCUUCUUCUCCAAACGUAGAGAUUUGGCCGACGCACCCGAGGGGAAAGGUGUGCAAUAUUUUCAUGUGCAAGAAACAGACACUUUGGAUUUCACCUGUGUAGAAUAAGAAGAAACAGGAAAGAUGAUGGAGUUGAGGAUCCAGCUGAUCCCGACGGGGGAAAUCAUCCUCUCUCCGGGAAAGAACGGAGAGAACUACUGCCACGGCUGCAAGGUGGUGGCCAGUGACGGGGUUCGGGCUAUGAUGGAGUCCGCCCUGACAGCCAGAGACCGGGUGGGGGUGUCGGACUUUGUCCUGCUGGAGAACUUCACGAGCGAGGCCUCCUUCAUCGAGAACCUGCGCAAACGCUUCAAAGAGAACCUCAUCUAUACGUACAUCGGGUCGGUGCUUGUGUCCGUUAAUCCAUACAAAGACCUGGAGAUCUACACCAAGAACCACAUGGAGCGAUACCGCGGAGUCAACUUCUACGAGGUUUCCCCUCACAUCUAUGCGGUGGGGGACAACGCGUACCGCUCCAUGCGGACGGAGAGGAAGGACCAGUGCAUCCUGAUCUCCGGAGAGAGCGGCGCCGGGAAGACGGAGGCGUCCAAAAAGAUCCUGCAGUAUUACGCCGUCACCUGUCCGGCCAGCGAUCAGGUGCAGACUGUCAAGGACCGGCUGCUGCAGUCCAACCCCGUGCUGGAGGCGUUCGGUAACGCCAAGACGCUGAGGAACGACAACUCGAGCCGAUUUGGAAAGUAUAUGGACAUCCAGUUCGACUUCAAGGGCGCCCCGGUGGGAGGACACAUCAUCAACUACCUGCUGGAGAAGUCCCGGGUGGUCCACCAGAACCACGGAGAGAGGAACUUCCACAUCUUCUACCAGCUGAUCGAGGGGGGGGAGGAGGACCUGCUGCGGCGCCUCGGCCUGGAGAGGAACGCGCAGCAGUACCAGUACCUGGUUAAAGGCAACUGUCCCAAAGUGAGCUCCAUAAACGACCGCAGUGAGUGGAAGCUGGUGAGGAAAGCUCUGACGGUGAUCGGCUUCAACAAGGACGAUGUGGAGGAGCUGCUGAACAUCAUAGCCAGCGUGCUGCACCUGGGGAACGUGCAGUACGGGGAGGCCGAGGACGGGAACUCCUGCAUCACCUCGGACACACAGAUCAAGUACCUGGCCAGGUUGUUAGGAGUGAACGGGGCGGUGCUGACGGAGGCGCUCACACACAAGAAGAUCAUCGCCAAGGGAGAGGAGCUGAUGAGCCCUCUGAACCUGGAGCAGGCCUCCUCGGCUCGGGAUGCUUUGUCCAAGGCGGUGUACGGACGCACCUUCACCUGGCUGGUUAACAAGAUCAACGCUUCACUCACAUACACGGACGACUCCUCGAAGCAUUUCUCCGUCAUCGGCCUCCUGGACAUCUACGGCUUCGAGGUCUUCCAGCACAACAGCUUCGAGCAGUUCUGCAUAAACUACUGCAACGAGAAGCUGCAGCAACUCUUCAUCGAGCUCACCCUGAAGUCCGAGCAGGAGGAGUACGAGGCCGAGGGCAUCACGUGGGAGCCGGUGCAUUACUUCAACAACAAGAUCAUUUGUGACCUGGUGGAGGAGAAGUUCAAAGGCAUCAUCUCCAUCCUGGAUGAGGAGUGUCUGAGGCCCGGAGACGCCAGCGACCUCACCUUCCUGGAGAAGCUGGAGGACACCGUGGGAGGACAUGCACACUUCGUCACGCACAAGCUGGCAGAUGCUAAGACCCGGAAGGUGAUGGCCCGGGAUGAGUUCAGACUGCUGCAUUACGCCGGAGAGGUCAACUACAACGUCAACGGAUUUUUGGACAAGAACAACGACCUGCUCUUCAGGAAUUUGAAAGAGGUCAUGUGCAUGUCGGAGAACAAGAUCCUGACCCAGUGCUUCGACCGAGAGGAGCUAGGCGACAAGAAACGUCCAGAGACGGCGGCCACCCAGUUCAAAGCAAGCCUGGCGAAGCUCAUGGAGAUCCUGAUGUCCAAGGAGCCGUCGUACGUCCGCUGCAUCAAGCCCAACGACUCCAAGCAAGCAGUGCGGUUCGAUGAUGUUCUGAUCCGGCACCAGGUGAAGUACCUGGGUCUGAUGGAGAACCUGAGGGUGAGGAGAGCCGGCUUCGCCUACAGGCGGCGCUACGAGGUCUUCCUGCAGAGGUAUAAGUCCCUGUGUCCGGACACCUGGCCGAACUGGCAGGGGAAGCUUCCUGAAGGCGUGGCGACGCUGGUGAAACAUAUGGGAUACAAACCUGAGGAGUACAAACUGGGGAGAUCCAAAAUCUUCAUCCGCUUCCCGAAGACGCUGUUUGCCACGGAGGACGCUCUGGAGACCAGGAAGCACGGUCUGGCCACCAAGCUGCAGGCCGGGUGGAAAGGCUACAGCCAGAAGUCCAAAUUCCAGAAACUCAGAACCUCAGCUGUUGCGGUGCAGGCGUGGUGGAGGGGGAUCCUGGCCCGGAGGAGAGCGCAGCGCCGGAGGCAGGCGGCCGACACCAUCCGCCGGUUCAUCAGAGGCUUCAUCCACCGGCACCGGGAGCGCUGCCCGGAGAACGAGUUCUUCCUGGACUACGUCCGGUUCUCCUUCCUCAUGAAGCUGCGCCGGGACCUGCCCAAGAACGUGCUGGACAAGAGCUGGCCGACCCCCCCUGCUGCCCUGACCGACGCCUCGGAGCACCUGCGUAAGCUGUGCAUGCAGAACAUGGUGUGGAGCUACUGCAAGAAGAUCAGUCCAGAGUGGAAGCACCAGAUGGAGCAGAAGAUGAUCGCCAGCGAACUCUUCAAGGACAAGAAGGACAACUAUCCUCAGAGCGUUCCCAAGCUCUUCGUCAGCACCAGACUCAACGGAGAGGACAUCAACCCCAAAGUGGUGCAGGCUCUGGGUAGUGACAAGAUGAAGUACGCGGUGCCCGUCACUAAGUACGACAGGAGGGGCUACAAGCCUCGCCCCCGGCAGCUGCUGCUCACCUCCAACAGCGCCGUCAUCGUGGAGGACGGGAAACUCAAACAGCGCAUCGAGUACGCAGCCCUGAAAGGUGUCUCCGUCAGCUCCCUCAGCGACGGCCUGUUCGUUCUGCACGUGCCCAGUGAAGACAACAAGCAGAAGGGAGACGUGGUGCUGCAGAGCGAUCAUGUGAUCGAGACUUUGACCAAGAUCGCGAUCGUUUCGGAUAAAAUAAACAACAUCAACAUCAACCAGGGCAGUAUAAAGUACAGCGUGGCUCAGGGGAAGGAGGGGGUCAUCGACUUCACGCCCGGAUCAGAACUCCUGGUGGCCAAGGCCAAGAACGGACACCUGUCUGUGACGGCUCCAAGACUGAACUCCAGAUGAUGACACACACACACACACACACACACACACACACACACACACACACACACACACACACACACACACACACACACACACACACACACACACACACACACACACCUUAUCCAAUCCUCCAAUCAGACGCCAGCUGUCACUACAGGUGGAAUGUGCUUCCAAUAACAGAAAAGACAAAACAGUGAAUAAAGAUCCAGCGAAAACUAAUUGAUAUAUUUAUGUUUAUAUAUUAUAUUUUUGGGGAGUUAAUACUGUUUGAAUAUUCUGAUUUUAUAUACGAGGCCAAGAAAUAACAAAUAUAGCGGUGCGUUUUUCUCGCACCGUGUAUUUUCAAUGUGCUUUAUUUUGGGAACUUGACCAAGAAACCAAUGAGGGAAAGAGUCGCAAUAAGAGGAGAAGUGGUGAUUUAAAAACCAGGUUUGUUUUUGCCUCUUGCUUCUCUUUCAAAUGAAACUUUAUUGACUUUUCUAACGGGGGGGUUGUUUUGGAAGGUGGGCGGAGUAGAGGGUCAGGGAUUGAAGGGAAAAUAUAUCAUUCGUUUCCUUGUGUUUGAAUAAGAGAGACACUUUCCUGUGGGAGUCACUACACGAAACGAAAGGGUGAGAGCAUGUGAGAGACGGCGAGAGGAAGGUGAACAGAGGGCUGACAGACGUGCCUUUCUCUCUUUUUUUAAAACUAAUUUAUUCAUAAGUGAGUUAAGAUAUUAACGGAUGAAACCAUGACACUCAGAGAGAAUGAGUCGAGUUAAGUUGAGACAAAAACCCUGAAUUAUUCACCCACACCUCCCCCAUUCCCUCCCUGUUUUGCCUCCCCCCCUCACCAGAGACUGAACUGCUCUGAUGUUUUUGUUUUAGAUUAAUGUUCAAUGUCUUAGUUUGUAUUUGAAACAGCAUUUAUACCAAAAAGUGACUAAAACUCACAAUUUAAAGCCAUAUUAUGUCGGAGAUAGACGUGAUAUAUUCAGAAAAGAACAGGUACGCCAUGAGACGGAUAUCUGUUAUAGCAUAUAGACUAAAUAAAGACUAGAACAUCUCCAUAUUUUAGAGGCUGAAAACAGCAUUUAGAGACAUUUUCUUGCAUGAAAAAUGCCUUAGAAUAAUUGAUUAGAGAAGUAGUCGCAGCACAUUUCCAAAAAGUGUAAACUGUUCCUUUAAUACCAGAAAUGAUAACCAUUCAAAGGAUUGUCAGGGUACACAAUCUUAAUUGUUAUGCAGCACAACAGAUACUCUUGUAUUCAAAUAUUUCUACGGAAACUAUUUCUACACUAGAGAUAAAACAUGACAGCAGUUCAGAUGAGGGUCUCCUGCAGAACAUUUCUCCGUCUAACGUUGACCAAAGACUGAUCCUGUUAAAGUUUGAAACUUUAGAGGAGCUCCAACAUUUUGCCAAGUUUUUUUCGUUGUUGUCGAUGACGUGACUUCCUCCGUGCAUGGCUCUGGGCGACUGCACUUAAAACAAACUAGCCAAAGGUUUUGAUUUCUAGUGAUCCUGUGUUGUAUGAUUUAUAUGAUGAUAUUAUUCUGUUGUUGAGGGGGGAGAUCUAUAUGUACAGUUUGUGUUAUAAAUGAGAGACAAAGCUUUGAUGCAGACGUGUUCCUGUGCCUUGUUUGAUAAAGAUCCUGCAGAUUUAUGCGGACUAAACAUUCUCCUGUGUAUUGGUUGACUGAUGCACUCCUGACUUACUGUAUGCACCAAACUCAUGUAUGAUUAUACAAACACACUAAAAGAUAAGAUACUAAAGAUUUGAAAAUAAAUUUGAAAAUAAAACAUGUUGUGAACUGUU